AUGCAACAGCAACAGCAGCAGCAUCAACAGCAUCAGCAGCAGCAACAGCAACAGCAGCAGCAUCAACGGCAGCAGCAGCAGCAGCAGCAGCAGCAGCAGCAGCAGCAGCAGCAGCAGCAGCAGCAGCAGCAGCAGCAGCAGCACACGACUUUGAGUAGCAGCUUGACGCAUACAAUAGAAGCAAAGCCCUUUGUGCAGCAACAGCAGCAGCAGCAGCAGCAGCAACACCAAGAGCAGCAGCAACAACAACAACAGCAACAGCAGCAGCAGCAGCACAACCACCACCACCAUCAGCAGCAGCAGCAGCACCACCACCACCACCACAACCAUCAGCAGCAGCAGCACCAUCAGCAGCACCACCACCACCACCAUCAGCAGCAGCACCACCACCACCAUCAGCACCACCAUCAUCAUCAUCAGCAGCAGCCACAGCAGCAGCAGCAGCAGGAGCAGCAGCAGCAGCAGGAGCAGCAGCAGGUUGCGUUACCAUUUUGCGUAUAA